UCGCUUGGGGCACCCUCCACUUCACCAACACUGCCGGCAAUCUCUGUGUGUGCGCGCGCGCAAAAGUUGUUAUCAGCCACGCUCGACCAUCGAAAUGCCCACUUCUAAUUAAUCGCCUUGUUACGACUAAGCAAGAUGAAGCUGCUACGGUUUUUGAUUUUGAUCGCGCUCGGAACCUUGGCAAAAGCUCAAGUUAAGAACCACGUGUGCGUUCCGAGUGGGUACAGCCGGAUUUGCCUGUUGGAGGACAUUUACUACGAACGCAAUGGGACGACAGCCCACGUCUUCCCGGAGAAGCAGAACCACGUACGAAUUGGAAGAUUCGGAAGCUGGUUGAAUAAGCAUUCCCAUAUUCCGUAUUUUGACGCUGGGUUGUACCUUAUGCUUGGGAAACCGCCCAUUUUGGAAGCGAUAAACGUCGGCAUUGAGACGCUGGACAUUCUCACAACGCUCAAGCAUGGCAAAUUUGCGGCUAACAACAUUCGGACAACCUGGGUUACCGGGUACGAAGACGACAAUACUGAACCUUCGCUGGUCUAUCUGGACCUGUCCCAGAAUUGGAUGCGUCAAUUCCCAAACGGAAUCGGUAAGCUGGUGAACCUUGAAGUCCUCAACCUGGGCAGCAAUUCGCUCGAUACCAUCCCACCAAACACCCUGACCAGACUCACCAAGCUGAGGAUCGUCAACCUGUUCUUCAACAACCUGCAUCAACUCUCCACGGAGCUAUUCCCGACCAGCCUCACCCACCUGGAUCUGUACUACAACAACCUCGCCCAGCUAGAAUACGCCAAUUUGCACUUCCCCGCCCUGGAAAUCCUCAACCUCGAACGGAACCACCUCAAGCAGAUCGACGCUCCGGCGCUAAUUCUGGCCAUGCCCGCGCUCAGAACCGUCGGCAUCUCCGGCAACCCUAUCGGCGAAGACGAGCUUCGGACAGCGCUGGGCGUGUUCCAGCGCCAUAACAUCACCUUCCGGAACGAUGCGGACGAGGAGGCUUGUUUUCACGACGAAAACACCGUGGAAGGGGUUUGCCUGCCGAGGAGCAUUGCCGAACAGAUGGGAGUGGCGCAGGCCGUCGUGUUCACCGUGAUGGUGGUGAUGGUCGGGGUGGUGUUUGUGCUGGUCAGCCGGUGGGUGCUGCGGGAGAUGAAUAAGUAAGAAACAAAUCUUCUUAUUUUUAAUGUCCUCAACAUAAGGUUAACUUAGGGCUCAUCGAUAAACCACGUGGCCUAUUUAGAACUGAUUGAAUAAAUGUAUUGUUAAAAAAAGCAAACUUUCAGUUCU